GUGCAUAUAUAAAAUAAGAAAGUGGGUGGUUUUAAUUGAGUGAAAUUCUUAUUUGUUGCUUAAUUGCUUCCGAAGUUAAUUUCAGUGGUUAUUAUAGCACAUGGAAGUAUGUUUGGUGACUAAUUUGUAAGUUAACCACCUUUUUCAGCGCCACACACAGAACACCGAUGAAAGAAAAUAACAGUGAACAGGGUCUCCGGCCUCUUCUCGUCUGCCCCAAUCCAGCCCCAAAAUCUCAAAACCCUAAAUUUUGCUAAUCCUUCUCCAUUCUUGCAGCUGUCGGCUCCGUCUUUGCUCUGCAGGCGACGGUGAAUCGAUCGCCGCUGGAUCCAUCUCAAUCCCUCUGCACUUUCCGCCGCACAAAACGAAGAAGCGGUGGCGAGACUUUUUCCAAUUGGACUCCAGCCAUCCCGCCGUCUUUCCUUCAAAGGUGGCCUCCCGACAUCUCCGCGAGCUCAAACGGCUCGCUUCAGGUAACUUCGGUGCAGUCCUCCGUCGUCAUUUUCUCUUAUGCCCGGAAUUAUAAGGGUUCUUGAUCUUUUGUCCUCCUUUCGAAUUAAGCUGAGCAUCGUCAUUGUCAUAUUCCAAACUUAUUCCAUUCUUAGGAAUCAAAUAAAUCCGCUGUAUGAUCUUUUCAUGUGCUUGCUUUCGUGCCUGCUUACUGAACUGCUCAUGUGGAUUGCUAACAUUUAGUAGUGGGAUAGCUUAAAUUAGUACAAGGGUCAUUGAUCGCAGUUGAAAAUUCUCGUUCUUAGUUUCCAUUUCAGAGAGCUGGUGAAUUGGUCUUUGCAAAUGUAUGCAUGGACUUAUCUCGGACUAUAUUUUGCUUUCAUGAAUGAAUCUGUGUUGUUUGCAUAUAUGCGUUGACAAGUGGAUCAAUCUGGAUAGCACAAGGGCUUCUGUUCCCCAUUCUAUUCCUUUUCCCUUUUGUUUGAAGGAUCACUCUGUGCUAGAUGGCUUUAUUAAUAGCUAAGCCCUAUCAUGGCCAUAGCCAAGAGUUGCUACAUUUCUAGGUGUUGCCUUUACCCCCCUGAAGUCAUGUGGUUGAUUCUCUUGACAAAUAUUUUUAUUUUGUGACAGCUUAUUUUGAUUCUAGUGGAGUGUCAGAAUCAGAACAAACAAUCAUUCUCCAACCAAUGUAUAAGCCCUAGGAAACCGGUUCAUAGUUGGUUGACCAGGGCUCAAUAACAGAUAUUGUAGCUUGGCAUCCCCUCGACCAAGUUCUCUUCCAAGUUUUUCUCACUUCAUCAGUAAUUAUCUGUGUUUUCUUGGUGGUGCUGGUUCCUUUCUAACUGGGGACUGGAAGGGGCAGCUUUCGUUCUCGUUUUCUUGAUGAGAGAUAGAUUUUGGAUAUGAAAGUGAUGAAUCAUGGAAUUCUGUUGAUGAAAGAAUGGUCGGCAGCUCUUUGAUCUCUGGAAGGGUAUAGUGUCUUCUUGAUACUGGUUUAGUUCGGUGGCUGAACACUGAUGCGAUGUCACUUGCUUUCAUCUCUAUCAUACAAAACCUGUGGCCUUUGUCGGUGCUCAAAUUCAAUGAUCUAAGAGCUUCUGAUGCUUUGGUCAAGGAGCUUCGUAUACCCGAAGGCACAAAAAGAUUUGUUUAUGCUGUCCGUGAUCCCAAGUCAGGUUCAGUUAUUUACAUUCUUUCUGUGCAGAAUUUGUCCGAACGAUCAGCUGCAGAUGUCGAGUGCCUUAUUAGGGAGGUCCGGCCUGAAGCUGUUAUCUCUCAGGUUGGGGAUCCAACUGUCCUUGAAACUCUUCUAGAAGAGAAUCAGUUGGCAGCUAACAAUGGUGAUUUGGUCCCCACUUCAUCAUUUGGUGUACUUAAACAAUGUUUCAUUCAGAAGAUCAAUAAGGAGAAGUACGAAAGCAUAGCAGGCAACUUAGUGUUGAGGGAAAUAUUUGGGGUUGGUUUUCAUGCCCACAUUUGGACUGCCAAUAAGACUGCCAAAGAGAUUGGUUCAUCAUUCUUUGUACUCGAGGCACCCUGCACAAGAAACCUCACCACGGCGGAUCCUACUCACGAAGCUGACAAAACAGGCACGGUUGAACGACUGGUCAGCAGCUUGAUCCCUUGCCAGGCAGCUUCAAUUGUCUCCUCGAGUCCAAAAAGAUUACCCCUUUCUGAUGUCCAGUCGAAGAUGGUAAUGCUAUUGCGUUCCAACAUGGAUGCAGCUCUACCAAAGACGGGCUCUUCUGUUUCAGUGUCGAAAGGAAUCGAGCCAGAAACCACUUUCCUGGUGCCAGCAUUUGCUCAAUCCAUAUACCCAUUGCUUCUUGACCUGCAUAACAUAUUCAUGGAUCUCCCAUCAGUUGGAGAGGCGUUGAACUGUUCACAGAAGAUGCUUUAUGAUAUCAAUAGAGGGGAAAGUGUGGACACUCAAAUCGUAUCUGAAGUCUGCACCUUCCGGAUAGCCGUUGAAGGAUUAAGAAUUGCCCUAAACAAUACUGGUCGUUUACCAAUGGGAAAAUUGAGGCAGCCUGAGAAAUCAAACUCCAACUUCUCAGAUCUCCCAGUUGAAGAGAAGUCUCAAGCACUCCUUGCUCAUGCUCUACAAAGCCAGGGUGAGAAAUUCAAGACCAUAGUAGCUGUAAUAGACGCCAGUUCCUUGGCCGGUCUCAGAAAACACUGGGACACUCCAUUACCUCUUGAAAUCAAAGGCCUAAUCGGACAACUCAUCACGGAUUGUAACUCUCGAGGAGAAGCUUCGAACCAGGAGGAUGACAACAAGAGAUGGUGGCUAUUCCCCAACAAACCGGUGGUAGCAGUUGGCGCUGGGGCGACAGCUGUUGUUGGAGUCUCGUCUCUUUCCAAAGUGGUCCCUGCAUCGACGUUCAUGAAGGUCGUGAGUUUCAAGUUCCCUGCUUCACUCAAGCUCGUGCUUACCCAAACCCAGAAGGUAAUGUCAUUCGGUUUGACCAAGAGCGGGCCAACCAAGGCAGCUGUCUCUGCCGAGAAGAUCCGAACAGUGGCCCAUGGGAUCAUAACCUCCGUCGAGAAGACGAGCGUUUCAGCCAUGAGAACGGCUUUCUACGAGAUAAUGAGGAAACGAAGAGUCAGGCCUAUCGGGUUCCUGCCUUGGGCUACAUUCGGAGGGAGCAUCAUGACCCUUUCUGGGUUGCUUAUGUGUGGAGACGGGAUCGAAUGUGUUGCUGAAUCUUUCCCUUCGGCUCGUUCGAUUGCCAGCUUGGGCCGUGGGAUUCGGAGCUUGAAGGAGGCGUCCCAGCAAGUGAGGGAGAGUGAUGGAGUUAGAAUACAGAGAUCUAUUGAGUCUCUGAUGUACAGACUGAAGAAAGUGACAGUACAAUAAUCUGUGUACUAAGUUUGAUACUAUCACUAAAUUUUUGACAUGAUU